UAUCUUAGUCCAUCAGUGUACAAGCAGAGAGAGCAUAAAGUAGUAAAACAUGAGAAACCUUUUUGUUUUCUUCUUAUCGUCUUUUCUACUUUUUGUGCUAUUUUUCAAAGCCAAUGAAGCAUCUGCAGGAGACAAAGAUGGUGUCUAUAUUGUUUACAUGGGAGCUGCGGGUUCUGCAACAAGUGACAACCAUGCUAAACUAUUGAAUUCUGUGUUAAGAAGGAAAGCGAAUGCUGUAGUGUACAACUACAGACAUGGAAUCUCAGGCUUUGCAGCACGUUUAUCAGCAGACGAAGCACAUUUGCUAGCUCGAAAACCAGGAGUAGUAUCAGUUUUUCCUGAUCCUCUCUUGGAGCUGCACACAACUCGUUCAUGGGAUUUCUUGAAGUAUCAAACUGAUAUAAAGAUUGAUUCAACCACCAGCUCGGACUCUAAUUCUUCCUCGGACGACACCAUCAUUGGCUUUCUUGAUACAGGAAUUUGGCCGGAGUCAGAGAGUUUCAAUGACAAGGAGAUGGAUCCAAUUCCUUCGCGGUGGAAAGGAAUCUGCAUGGAAGGACCAGAUUUCAAUGCCUCAAACUGUAAUAGGAAGAUAAUUGGGGCAAGAUUCUACAAUGACGCUAGUCGUACAACCAUAAAAUCCAACUCCGCGAGGGACCAAGUUGGGCAUGGCACUCAUGUAGCUGCUACUGCUGCAGGGAGAGAGGUUCAGUCCGUAUCUUAUUAUGGCCUAGCAAAAGGCACCGCAAAAGGAGGUUCACCCGGAUCAAGAAUUGCUGUCUAUCAAGUAUGCGGUUCUGGAUGCGCAGGCUCCAGCAUAUUAGCAGCAUUUGAUGAUGCAAUAGCUGAUGGUGUUGAUAUUCUCUCUUUGUCGCUUGGUUCAGCAAUUGGAACAAUCGAAUUUAAAUCUGAUCCCAUUGCCAUUGGAGCAUUCCAUGCUGUGGCGAAUGGGAUUACUGUGGUCUGCUCUGCAGGAAAUGAGGGACCAUCCUCAGGAUCUGUUGUGAAUGAUGCACCCUGGAUCUUGACCGUUGCUGCGUCUACCAUUGACAGGGAUUUUGAGUCUGAUGUUGUCUUGGGUGACAAGACUGUACUUAAGGGUGAAGCCAUAAACUUUGCUGACAUUCAGAAAUCUCCUGUGUACUCUAUGAUAGAUGGCAAGGCAGCCAAGAAGGCUACGGCUUCUGACUCCGAAGCAAGGAACUGCUAUCCGGGUUCCUUGAAUAAAACUUUGGUGGAAGGUAAGAUCGUUUUGUGUGAGAACGAAGAAAAUGAGGAUGAUGAUUACACAGUGCAAGACAGUAGCGAAGAAGUGAAGAGUCUGGGAGGAGUUGGUGCAAUAGGGGUGGAUGAUCUGUCGAGAUCCAUGGCACAGACAUAUGGUACAUUUCCAACGACAGUGAUCAGCUCAAAAGAUGCUGCCAAGGUCUUUUCAUACAUCAACUCAACAAGAAACCCCGUCGCAACAAUCUUGGCAACUGAAGUGGUAACAAACUUUAAGCCAGCACCUGCAAUUGGGUUCUUCUCAUCUAGAGGUCCUUCCGGUAACCAGAGAAAUACUCUCAAGCCUGACAUCUCAGCACCGGGAGUCAACAUACUUGCAGCAUGGAAUGGCAACGACACCGGACCAACUCCAAAGGGCAAACCGUUAUUCAACAUCAUUUCUGGAACUUCUAUGUCAUGUCCACACAUUUCUGGAGUUGCAGCCACAGUGAAAACUAAGUACCCCACAUGGAGUCCUUCUAUGAUCAGAUCAGCCAUCAUGACGACAGCAUUUCAGAUCAACAAUCUUAAGGAACCAAUAACCACGGAUUCAGGUUCAUAUGCAACACCUUAUGAUUAUGGUGCAGGGGAAGUAAGCACCAGUGGACCAUUAAAUCCUGGUCUGGUUUAUGAGACAACCACCACUGACUAUCUGAACUUCCUCUGUUAUUUUGGAUACAAUGAGUCCACAAUUCAGAUAAUUGCAAGCACCACUGCCGCUAACUUUACCUGCCCGCAAGAAUCGAGCAAAGACUUGACCUCAAAUAUCAACUACCCAUCAAUAUCAGUUUCAAAUUUCACAGGAAAACAAACCAGGACCAUUAGCAGAACCGUGACCAACAUUGCUGGGGAAGGUCAAGCAACUUAUAUAGCAACUGUGGAUGCACCUGUUGCACUAAACGUCAAAGUGACCCCAGACAAAUUGAAGUUCACAAAGACUGGUGAAAGGCAGACUUACCAGGUCAUCUUCUCUUCCGACUCCUCGCCCUCGAAUGGAGACAUGUUCGGAUCAAUUACAUGGACUAAUGGAAAGAUUAAAGUCCGGAGUCCAUUUGCUGUGAGCAGCAGUAGCAGUUGAAGUAUGAAGUCGAGGUCCUUUCCAUGUAUCUUUGAUCCACAUGAAUAAGCAAACAUAAACCUGUAGAUCAAUGUGAACUAAAAAUUCUAAAGAACAGAUAUCAUUAGACCGAGCUCCUUUCCCUCAGCUAAUGUUGUCUAGUAAAUUGCCAGAA